AGUGAAAACUUAUUUAAACAUUUAUAGGCCUACUUGCUACCUAUAUGUGCCGCAUAUAUGAAUUAAAAGCUGGUACAAAAAUAACCGUGGAGAAUAAUGAUGAGAAUGGCUUCAUUUAAGUAGGCUACUUUGACAAUAUGGAGUUUAAAUAUGUAUUUAAUUAAAAUAGCAAACGAUAACGAAACUCAUCGUUUGCCACGUUUCCUUCCUAUUGGGAGCUCUGGUGUUUUUAAGAUCCUCCUACAGAUGUGACCGUCAUCAUUUAUGGUAACCACUCAUCAUGCAGAAUAUAGCUGCUGCCGGAUGCUGAUGGGAGAAGCUCAUUGACCGGUAAGCUCGUAGUGUACCGCACCCAAUUCCAGCCAGCUUCGAUCAGCAUAUAGGCAAUAUGACCCCUGGUUUCAACGACGAACAGAGAGGAGGCGACAAAAGCCUGAAUCCCAUUUACAUAAAAAAUCCACACUUAGAUUUAAUGAAGGAGGAUAUUUUGUACCAUUUUAACCUGGGAACAGCAACACAUGACUUACCAGCAAUGUUUGGGGACGUGAAGUUUGUGUGUGUUGGGGGAAGUCCAUCGAGAAUGAAGUCAUUCAUACAGUUCAUUGCUGGAGAACUUAACCUGGGGAACCCAACGGACGAAUACCCCAACAUCUGCGCUGGUACCGACCGCUUCUCCAUGUUCAAAGUGGGGCCUGUCUUAUCUAUCAGUCAUGGCAUGGGCGUCCCCUCCAUCUCAAUAAUGUUGCAUGAACUCAUCAAGCUCCUGCAUCAUGCACGGUGCAUUGACGUCACUGUGCUGCGCAUUGGGACUUCCGGCGGCAUAGGCCUCAAGCCAGGCACCGUGGUCAUCACCAGGCAGUCUGUGGAUGCCAGUUUUGUGCCACAGUUAGAGCAGAUUAUCCUGGGAAAGAAAGUGUUGAGAAGCACUGAGCUGGACGACACGCUGGCCGAGGAGCUUCUGCAGUGCAGCAAGCAGCUGAACGACUUUGAGACGGUCAUUGGCAACACCAUGUGCACCUUGGACUUUUAUGAAGGUCAGGCUCGGCUGGAUGGUGCUUUCUGUUCCUACACUGAGGCGGACAAGCAGGGUUACCUGACAGAGGCCUACCAGGCCGGUGUCCGGAACAUCGAGAUGGAAUCCACUGCGUUUGCCGCCAUGUGUAAGCUGAGUGGCCUUCAAGGUGCCAUUGUGUGUGUCACGCUGUUGGACCGUCUGGAAGGGGAUCAGCUGACAAGCUCCCAUGACCAACUGCACGAUUACCAGCUACGUCCGCAGAUACUGGUGGGAACCUACAUCAAGAAGAAGCUGAAUGCAGUGUAGGAAGCAAGGAUGAUUUCAGAGAUUCGGUCAUUGUACACGAAAUUUUAUAUGCAUUAUUAUAUUAUGUAUGAAUUAUUUUUAAUACUUGUAUUUAGAAAAGAUUCCUCCAAUAUUACUACUGUAGAUGCUCUAUAUUUUCUACAUAGUUCAACAAAUAGAUUCUACCAAAUCAUGCUCAUUUAACCUUAUGAUUAUUAAUAUUUUGCAUAUGACAAAAUGAAAUAAUGUGCUUUAUAACCUUGUACUACCUGUUUAUUUACAUACCUGAUUAUAACAUAGUGAUAGUAAAAAGAUUUAUUGGAAUGUUUAAAGUGAUUGUUCUACGAAGAGUUUGUAAAAAAAAAAGCUAUUAUAUAACUAAAAAAAAUCAUCAUUUCAGAUGAUGCAGCUCAUGAAAACCUUGCUGAUUAAUUAGCCAGUUAAAUUAGGUGCUGGAAAGUUAUCAGGGCUGGAGAUAAAGAAUAUUCAAAGAAUUCUUGGUCUUUUCAGCAUUUCAAGUUAAUGGGCCAUAAAUCUUCCAAAUGCAGCUGUUCAGGAAAGACUCAAUGAAGUGGAGUAUGAUUAUGUGUGGAGUACAAUAUCCUGAGGGUAUAAAUUAAUAUUAAUUUUAAUUUAGUAACAGGUGGCCACAAGUGGGUACUAGCUACAGACGAGGUUUUAUUAUUUUUUUAUGGAAGGAUUAUUUUGGAAUAAAAUUCCUGUUUAGCACUAAGUGCAAAUCUGGCACACGCUGAAAUGCACUGAAUUCCCAAACAAGCAAGUUGGACUCACUGGUGUGUAGUACGAUGUAUUUAACCUGAAUUAAAUCACAAGUGUACUGAGAUUUUUAAUGGAAACCAAAUUAAGUAAUUAAUAUGUUAAGUAUCUGAAUUUUUUUCAUGGUAAAAAACACAGAGCAAAAUGUACACGUUCUGCCUUCCCAGUAUCUCACUGGGCUUUUUGUGUCAAAAGAAUACAAAAUUGAUAAGGCUGUAUACAGCACACAACUUAAAUUAAAAGGUCUGUGUAUUGGGGGGCAUGAAUGAAGCCAUAUUAGCUAUUGGGAGGGAUGCAUGUCCCCCCCCCACCCAGUUCCCACUCCUCUGCCUGUAUAGUAAUUUAUACAUGGAGCUUUUUUAAAUAUAAUAUAUCAAUUACUGAUUUAGUCAUUAUAAAGCUUUAACUGGUUAUUUUUUACUGGGUUAUAGGGGCAGUUAACCUUGGGUUUUGUGUCAUGUUUUAAGUAAAUGACUGUUUUCUGCAUAGUUUGAAAUGCCAGUGACUAAUCACAUUAACAUGUGUGGACAAAUGGCGUUCAUAAUUUUUUUGUAACGGCAGUAACACGGAAUAAACAGCCAUUUCUCAGUAA